AUCAAAUUUUCAUUACACUUUGAUUAACAAAACCUUAGAGAUGAUUAGUUAUCAUCUUUCCACCAAACCCAUGUGAGCAAUAUUAAUUUUCAACUGACAAAAGAAACUUUAAGCUACAACUAACACUUAUGGUUUACUUAACCAUAUUUAGACCAAUUUCAAAAGGGCAAGGCGUUGACUAAAAAGGGUUUUUGCUGUUCGAUCGUAUAAGCUUUGGAAAAAGAAGAGAAAAUGGCAACACCCUCCAAAUUAUACAGCAGCUGCUCUGUGUUAAUGGGGUUUUUGUUUGCUUAUUCCACAGCUGUUCAGUUUAACGAUCCUGAUUGGUAUUUAUGGGUUCCACUUUAUGGCUGUGCUUGUGCUGUGAAUCUUCUCAAAUGGAACGUCUCUUUAGAAGCCAUGAAUAAUGUUGCCAAGGCAGCAAUGGGAGUUGGAAUAUGUUUGUGGGUGAAGGUUGUAGCAGAGGAUUAUAUGAAUGGAAUUGCAGGUUUUCUCUCUCUAGAUUUAAGUGAGAGAGUGGUGAGGGAGAAAACAGGAAGUGGAUUGGUUGUGUGUUCCAUGAUUUUGCAUCUGAUAGCUGCAUCUUCAUCAUCCCCAAAACUUCGUAGAACAAGUAAAAGUAAAAGUAAAAGGGUGUUUCCAAGACAUCUCACAUAUGGUAAGGCUAUAAGCUCAUUCUUCUCUCUUUGGUUACAAAUGGAAAUUAGAGAGGCUAAAAUUAAACCAACAUCAAGGAAUAGCAUGUUUGGUGGCAUUUAGUUAUGGACUUCCCAUUUUCUUCUUCUUGGUGAAAAAGGGCAAAAUGAAAUUCUGAAACAUGUUGCACAAAUCUCACUCUACAAACUUCAAAGGAAUGGAAAGAGUUCUUGAGUUCAACAUUGGUCGAUUUAGUUCAUGUAUUUUUCCAAUUUAUAAUGCAAACUCUCCAUAAAAUUGAUCUGUUCUGAUAUAACAAUUGAAUGAUCUGCCACAAUUGUAAA